UGCUCUGUCUCCUGUUACCCCAAUCUGCCUCGGCCAAAACCCAGAAAGUAAAACAACAGAGAGCUAAUAAUGUCGGACGAGGAGCAUCAUUUUGAGUCCAAGGCCGACGCCGGCGCCUCCAAAACCUACCCUCAGCAAGCCGGUACCAUCCGUAAGAACGGAUAUAUCGUCAUCAAGAACCGUCCCUGCAAGGUUGUUGAGGUUUCCACCUCCAAGACUGGGAAGCAUGGACAUGCUAAAUGUCACUUUGUUGGAAUCGACAUCUUCACUGCUAAGAAGCUGGAAGAUAUUGUUCCUUCUUCCCACAAUUGUGAUGUUCCGCAUGUCAAUCGUAUUGAUUACCAGUUGAUUGAUAUUUCUGAGGAUGGGUUUGUGAGCUUGCUUACUGAUAGCGGAGACACUAAGGAUGAUCUGAGGCUUCCAACUGAUGAGAGCUUGUUGAAACAGAUCAAGGAUGGUUUUGCGGAGGGGAAAGACCUUGUCGUCUCUGUUAUGUCCGCAAUGGGGGAGGAGCAGAUUUGUGCACUCAAGGACAUUGGUCCAAAGUAGUUUGAGAUUGAUUUGCUGUCUCUUAUUGCAACUCUAAAUUUAAAGAUUUUUGUUAAGAGCUUUAAAUAGUUUGCCUCUCUGAGACUUGGGGGUAUAAAUGUUGUUUGGAUUGGGUUUUUUUUUCUA